CGAGCGGGUAGUGGGCCGCGGCGAGUGAGGCGGCCCGGGCAGGGGAGGAGGAGGAGGAAGCGGCGGCGGGGGUGCGGCCGCCAAGGGGAACUCCUCCCCCGUUCCCUCACCCCCCCCCUCAGUUCAGCUCCCCGAGCCCCGGGCGGGGCGGGGGGACGUGGAGCGGGGCAGGGCGGGGAAGCCGCCCCGACUGGUCGGGAGCGCACCCCAGCUCCGAGCGCACGCCGCUUGCAAGAAGUUUGUGGUGGCGCCGCAGGUGUGGGGGCCCGCGGAGGUGUGCAUGUGGGGCGUGAGGGCGUCGCGGAGAGCGGCCGCAGCCCUGUCCGGCCCCCGCUGGAGUAGCCCGGAGGCAGCGAGCAAGGAGAAAGGUGUGUGCCCUCUUCCUGAUACUGGAGAAAAAUGCCAGUCCGGAAGCAAGACACCCAGAGAGCAUUGCACCUUUUGGAAGAAUAUCGUUCAAAACUAAGCCAAACUGAAGACAGACAGCUCAGAAGUUCCAUAGAACGGGUUAUUAACAUAUUUCAGAGCAACCUCUUUCAGGCUUUAAUAGAUAUUCAAGAAUUUUAUGAAGUGACCUUACUGGAUAAUCCAAAAUGUAUAGAUCAUUCAAAGCAGUCUGAACCAAUACAGCCUGUAAAUACUUGGGAAAUUUCCAGCCUUCCAAGCACUACUGUGACUUCAGAAACACUGCCAAGCAGCCUUAGCCCUAAUGCGGAGAAAUACCGGUAUCAGGAUGAAGACACACCUCCUCAAGAGCACAUAUCCCCACAAAUCACUAAUGAGGUGAUAGGUCCGGAAUUAGUUCAUGUCUCAGAGAAGAACCUGUCAGAAAUUGAGAAUGUCCAUGGAUUUGUUUCCCAUUCUCAUAUUUCACCAAUAAAGCCAACAGAAGCUGUACCUCCCUCUUCUCCCACUGUCCCUGUGAUCCCUGUCCUGCCAGUCCCUGCUGAGAAUACUGUCAUCCUACCCACCAUACCACAGGCAAAUCCUCCUCCAGUACUGGUCAACACAGAUAGCUUGGAAACGUCAACUUAUGUUAAUGGCACUGAUGCAGAUUAUGAAUAUGAAGAAAUCACACUUGAAAGGGGGAAUUCAGGGCUUGGUUUCAGCAUUGCAGGAGGUACGGACAACCCACACAUUGGGGAUGACUCAAGUAUUUUCAUUACCAAAAUUAUUGCAGGGGGAGCAGCUGCCCAAGAUGGAAGAUUACGGGUCAAUGACUGUAUAUUGCGAGUAAACGAAGUAGAUGUUCGUGAUGUGACACAUAGCAAAGCAGUUGAAGCAUUGAAAGAAGCAGGGUCUAUCGUACGCUUGUACGUAAAAAGACGGAAACCGGUAUCAGAAAAAAUAAUGGAAAUAAAGCUCAUUAAAGGUCCUAAAGGUCUUGGGUUCAGCAUUGCUGGAGGUGUUGGAAAUCAACAUAUUCCUGGAGAUAAUAGCAUCUAUGUAACCAAAAUAAUUGAAGGAGGUGCAGCACAUAAAGAUGGUAAACUUCAGAUUGGAGAUAAACUUUUAGCAGUGAAUAGUGUGUGUUUGGAAGAAGUUACUCAUGAAGAAGCAGUAACUGCCUUAAAGAACACGUCUGAUUUUGUUUAUUUGAAAGUGGCAAAACCCACAAGUAUGUAUAUGAAUGAUGGCUAUAUACCACCUGAUAUCACCAGCUCUUCUUCUCAACCUGUUGAUAACCAUGUUAGCCCAUCUUCCUAUUUGGGCCAUACACCAGCAUCACCAGCCAGAUACUCACCUGUUUCAAAAGCAAUGCUUGGAGAUGAUGAAAUUACAAGGGAACCUAGGAAAGUUGUUCUUCAUCGUGGCUCAACAGGCCUUGGUUUCAACAUUGUAGGAGGUGAAGAUGGAGAAGGAAUAUUUAUUUCCUUUAUCUUGGCUGGAGGACCUGCUGAUCUUAGUGGAGAGCUCAGAAAAGGAGAUCGUAUUAUAUCGGUAAACAGUGUUGACCUCAGAACUGCCAGCCAUGAGCAAGCAGCAGCCGCUUUGAAAAAUGCUGGCCAAGCGGUCACGAUUGUUGCGCAAUAUCGGCCUGAAGAAUACAGUCGUUUUGAAGCCAAAAUACAUGACUUACGGGAGCAGAUGAUGAAUAGUAGCAUUAGUUCAGGAUCAGGUUCUCUUCGAACUAGCCAGAAGCGAUCCCUCUAUGUCAGAGCCCUUUUUGAUUAUGACAAGACUAAAGACAGUGGCCUUCCCAGUCAGGGAUUGAACUUCAAAUUUGGAGAUAUCCUCCAUGUUAUUAAUGCUUCUGAUGAUGAAUGGUGGCAAGCCAGGCAGGUUACACCAGAUGGGGAGAGUGACGAAGUUGGGGUAAUUCCCAGUAAACGCAGAGUUGAGAAGAAAGAACGAGCCCGAUUAAAAACAGUGAAAUUUAAUUCUAAAACAAGAGGAGAUAAAGGGCAGUCAUUCAAUGACAAGCGUAAAAAGAACCUCUUUUCCCGAAAAUUCCCCUUCUACAAGAACAAGGACCAGAGUGAGCAGGAAACAAGUGAUGCUGACCAGCAUGUAACUUCUAAUGCCAGCGAUAGUGAAAGUAGUUACCGUGGUCAAGAAGAAUAUGUCUUGUCUUAUGAGCCAGUGAAUCAACAAGAAGUUAAUUAUACUCGACCAGUGAUCAUAUUGGGACCUAUGAAAGACAGGAUAAAUGAUGACUUGAUCUCAGAAUUUCCUGACAAAUUUGGAUCAUGUGUUCCUCAUACAACUAGACCAAAACGAGACUAUGAGGUAGAUGGAAGAGAUUAUCAUUUUGUGACUUCAAGAGAGCAGAUGGAAAAAGAUAUUCAAGAACAUAAAUUUAUUGAAGCUGGCCAGUAUAACAACCAUCUAUAUGGAACAAGUGUUCAGUCUGUGCGGGAAGUAGCAGAAAAGGGCAAACACUGUAUCCUCGAUGUGUCUGGAAAUGCCAUAAAGAGAUUACAGAUUGCACAACUUUACCCAAUCUCCAUUUUUAUUAAACCCAAAUCCAUGGAAAAUAUCAUGGAAAUGAAUAAGCGUCUAACAGAAGAACAAGCCAGAAAGACAUUUGAGAGAGCCAUGAAACUGGAACAAGAAUUUACUGAACAUUUCACAGCUAUUAUACAGGGAGAUACGCUGGAAGACAUUUAUAACCAAGUGAAGCAGAUCAUAGAAGAACAGUCUGGUCCUUACAUCUGGGUUCCAGCAAAAGAAAAGUUAUGAGGACUGAUGUUUCUCUGUUUGUCUUUUCCACAGUCCAUUUUCUCUGACACUUCUUUGCCCUUUCCUUUUGGAGUCUGUCUAUAAUACACCUUCCACGUUGAGUCAUAUCCCACUCAUCAUGGUCUACAGUUGUGCUUAGUUUUGACAUCUAGGGUCUCCUUAAAGUUGUAGCAUCUGUAUUAUUUUAUGUCACUGUUGGUUUGUGGCCAUUUUUCAGAACUGAAGAUGGAAUGGCCUGACCAGCUAUUAAGGAUUUGGGGAGACUGGGAAAUUGUGGCAAAAUUCCUUAAUGUUUAAGGGAAAGUAACUUUAAGAGAUUUUCAGAAAAGCUUUAUAUACAUUCUUUUCAAAUUUCAGUAUAAAUGAAAGAAAAGUGUUAAUCAGUGAUUUAGUAAACUUUGAGCAACAGUGCACGCUUAACUUUAAUAGCAUGGUUUGGCCAAUAUAUUAACUCUCAAGUCCUUUUCUCAAUUGACUUGUGUUAUCAAAGCAAAUAUUUAAUUAUAGACAAAUAAGGAAAAUAUGUUUUUUAAUUUCAAAAUUAAUGUCUGCAUUAACUUUCAUAAUUUCACAAGGGAUAUUCAUUUUUCAUAAGAGUUCUUCAUGUCUUUUAUUGUUUGAGGGUUUUUUUCUCAACACAUUUGCUAGGAAUAGCAGUGUUAAAAAUGUUUUUUUAAUCUUGUGCAGCACUGUUUAUAGUGUCUUAAAAAAGCAUACAUAAUGAUCAUCACAUUCUCUGAAUUGAGGCCAUGUUUAGGUGCUAGGGGAGCUCACCUUUUACACAUAAGGUUGAGGAAACUUCAUAGACAUAAAUACAGACAGAACAGACAUUACAGUGGUAAUGUAGUAAUCAUUAUGGCAAUGGAAAAGGAGUCCAGUUCAUAGUCUAAAACUUUAAAUGUAUUCUUAGGGAUCAGAUUUUAAUGAAUAUUUUACCCACAGUAACUGCCUAUUUUGUUAUAAUAAAAUAUAUAUAUAUAUAUAUAAAUAUAUAUAAAACUUUCUUUAACUAAACUGUAACUAUGGGAAUUAUUUUCUUUACAUAGUUGCACACACACACAAACAUAUAUAUAUUUAAAAUAUAUUUUUUCUUUUGCCACCUACUCUUAACUUUUUGUUUGGUUUUUAAAUUAAAUAUUAAUUGAUUAGACUUUAUCUUCCUUAAUCAUGUGAACUGAAAAAGGGGGUAUGGUGGUUGUGGAAAGAAACCUUUAGGGAAAUUAGAUUACAUACAGAAGUAUAGGCCUGUUCUCCUCUUUUCUACAAAAGUUUUCAAAUGGUUCCUGGUUCUGUUUUGUGGUUUUUUGUUACUGUUGUUCUUGUCAUUGGGUUUGGAUUUGGUCUUCUGCCUCUCCUUCCAGUUCUCCUUUCACUAAUAGGCAAAUAAGCAAAAGCCUCGUGUGUGUUUUCCCCUCAGACUGCACACUUUUCACCUCUCGUAGCUGCUGUGCACUAGAGUCGCACAGAUCUUCAUGGUGAGCAAUUUUAAGAAACUUUAGUGAAAGGUAGAUAUGAUUUCAGAAAUCAACUUCUCUGGUCUUUUAAUAAUAUUGUUUGGCUUCCCUUUGCUUUUUUGGAGUUGUUUAUUAAAUACAUGUUUUUCACAGCCUCCUCAUUACAGUUUCUUAAAUGAGUACUGGUUUGUAAAGGAUUAUCAACAUUAUCCAUUCCAUUUAUGAGAAAGAGGAGAACAGCUAAUAAACUUUGUUGUAAAAUCCAUAUGUUAAAUGUGUCUUGAAUUCUGAAAGAAAAUAUUGUUUACAAGCAAAUAUUUUCUUGAAACAACUUGGAGCAUCAUGUAAUUUAUAAACUGGAUUCAUGGGCCAUUAGGGAACCUAAUCAAAUUUUCUUCUGUAGGUUUUGGAAUUCAGUUCAUGUUAACACAUUGAGAUAUAUACUAUGGCUAUAACAAUAAUUAUAGUAGUUGUUGUUACCAAACCUAAAACAACUAGAAGAAAAUUAUUGUAAAAUAAUCUCAAGAGUCCCAGAAAUCACUCUACAGUAUAAGCCAUUUUGAAGUAUUUACUGGUCACAUGUUCUAAAAUAGCAAGAGAUUAUAAAAAUGAUGCCAUUUAUCUGUUACAAUGUGUAUUACAUUGCUUUUGGAUGUCCUUGUUAAGUGAUGUUUUUGUAAGAAAAUACUAACUUUUGUGCAGCUUUCUAGAUUGUAUAGAAUUAUUAAUAAAAGUACUAAUUGCUUAGUACUUCUGUGUAACAGCCAC